GCUUGGGGUUUUGUCUUCCAUUUCCAUCUUUCCUGAGAAAUUGUGAAGCCUGUACAUUUCAAGUUCCCUUUCUUUCUCUCCUUAAUUGCAGAAAAGGUGAAAAAGGAACAAGCCCAUAAAAUUCGACGAUUUCUCUCUUUAUCCUAUUAAUUUCCCUUUUCUCAGGCAAGAAAAUCCUAACCCAAGCCUCUCGUCUAACCCAUAAGGCCAUAACCAAGAAAAGCAGAUAAAAAAACAAAAACAAACCUCGAUCUGUUCAACAAAACACGCAUACACAGAGAAAAUGUCAGGUGGGGUUGGUCCAACAUGCAAUGACAUUAGCCUUCCAAAAGAAGAAGCAUAUGAACAUAAACAAAGCUACGUUGCAGCUUCCUCAAAGACCAACACCAAAUACCCUACAACUCCGCGCAAAGCCGGCUUCCUUUCUUUCCGGCAGCUCAACGCCCUCGCUAUCAUCAUCAUCUUCUCAGCCAGCGGCAUGGUAAGCCCUGAAGACUUUGCUUUCGUCUUCUUUUCCCUCUUCUAUAUCUACUUUAUGUCAAAGGUGGCAUUCCCAACCCUCCACCCUUCAAAGGAACCCCCAGUCUUUACUACUCGUGAAACCAAGCUUCUUCGCCUCUACGUGUUUGUCGCUGCCAUCAUCGGUCUUUUUCUCCCCGUAGCAUACAUCUUCCACGGCAUCUUCGAGGGUGAUAAAGAAGGAAUCAAGGCGGCCACGCCACAUGUUUUUCUUCUCUCUAGCCAAGUAUUCAUGGAAGGAGUGGCGUUUUCGGACAGGUUUUCGUUGCCAAUACGUGCUUUUGUGCCGGUUUGCUAUAACGCAAGGCGAAUCUUUACGAUUGUGGACUGGCUGAGGACUGAGGUCUCAAAGGAGUAUGGAGGGUCUAAAAGGAGGUUGUAUGUUGGGAGGGGGCUCGCUAUUGCCAAUUUGGCCUUCUGGUGCUUCAAUCUUUUUGGGUUCUUGCUGCCUGUUUAUCUUCCUAGAGCUUUUAAGAGAUAUUACUCUGGGCGUAAAGUGGAAGACUGAAAAUGAUCGAUGACCCACUUUUUUUUUUUUUUUUUUUUCUUGUUUAUUUACUAAAUACUAAUAUAUAUAUAUAUAUAUAUAUCUCUGUGUGUGUGUGUGUGAGAGUGAGAGAGAGAGAUUGAAGUUCAGUUUUGUAAUGGUUUAAUUAGUGAUUUGGGGGUUAUAUAUGCACUGAUAAAUACAUGAAGUGGUAUUUAAUUUCUACUAUAAUAAGUUGUUGCAUAUGUAUUGUCAAUUGUGCAGGCAUACCAUGAAAAGUAUGGGACUCCAUUCGCUGCAGCAGAUUUUUAUAAGAUAUAUAUAUUCACUUAUUUUUUUUUUUUAAAGGGAAAUAUAUAUUCACUUUUAACUGUUUUUACUA